UACAGGUAUCGAUCAGGAUAACAAUGACGUGUCCACGUGCAAAUGGAGUCGGGACGGAAUAUUUUUUCCUAAAAAUUAUGUUCCGCUUCGCUGUUCUAGGUUUCUCUUGUCGGGGAUCGUUGUUGUCCAGCCAUGGACGUUGAAGAUCCCUCUUCUCAACUGGCGGAGCCUCUCGCAGCAACUGGCAACUCCACCGCUGUAGAUGGAAAUGUUGAUCUAAUGAAUAGCGAUAAGGCGGAGUCCAUCUGUCACCGUGAGGGCUGUGAAGCCCUGGCGAGGGCGAUUUCAUCAACGCUGGGCGCCUUGAUAAGCGAGUUCGAUUCCACAGCUGGUGGCGCCUCCCGUAGCCAGGACGACUUGUAUUCGACGAUCGAUCGAUUGACUGGAGAGCUAGACAAAUUGCUGGAAGAUGCACCAUCUUCGUUCAUAUUGCAAAAUGCAGCGAAGAUUACAUCUGUUCGUAGGAGAGUUUCUGCUCUAAAUUUGGUGUUGAAAUCAAUACAGAGGCGUCUGGAUAACAUUGAUCGAAUGUUAUUUACUAAUUUGCCUGAAGGUGCAGGUAUGAAUUUUAAGAGAGAAAGGAGCAAAAAUGGCUCAAUUGAAGCAAAAAACAAAAAAAAAGGUAACCUGGUGCCUAGGCGUCAGGGAGACUCAAUGGCUGGCGUCUAUGCGCCAGAAACAAUUUUGCCAACGUUCAAUGAAUUUGGAUGAAUUUUAAAAAGGUGCCUUAAGUGACCCUUGGUUAUUUUCAAAGCUCUAUAUAUAAAAGACAUUUCUACACGUCCAGGGGGGAGAAGAAGAGAAAAACUUUGUUUUUUUAGUAGUUUAGGCCACUAUAGGGGUGGGCGGCCACUAUAGUGGGAGUUUGGUGAUUGUAGAGUCUUAUGUGUGCCUUGUGGAGUCAAGUUUUAUCAGAAAACUUCAGAGGGUUGUUUG